AUGGCGGCUCCUGUGGUGGUGAAGCCCGUGGUUGUGGUGGAGACGUCAGAGCUGACGAUCUCGGAGUACUUUGGCCGCGUAGCCUCCAAGCAGGAUGCUGCAUCUGUGGCGAAGGUAGAGGUACGGGCUGCAACAGAAGCAAGGUUUCAGACACCUUCCUUCCAGGAGCACGUGAUCUGCACGGAAGGUUGCAUCGAGCUCGUCUAUGGCGAAGGCCAGCGCUGCCGCCUGGAGCAGGGUCAGGGCGCCUUCCUCCCCCGCGGCCUGCGCGUGAAAUGGACCUGGCCAGGACCCGCCCGCUACACGGUGGUUUGCCUACCAGCAUUCUCGCCCGAGAUGUCGAACAGCGAGGAAGCACCAUCAGAUGCAGCAAAGGCAGCAGCAGACAGCACGCUGGCCCCGAUUGUCGUGCAGAAGGUGGACGUCGUGGAUGCGCCAGGCAUCACCAUUACCGAGCACUUCGGGAAAGUCGCCUCCAAGGAUCCGGUCUGUUCGCUGGCCAUGGCCACAGUGAAAGGCGCCUCCGAGGAGGCCUACCAGGCUCCGCUCUUCGAUGAGUUCGUGGUUUGCGAUGCCGGCUCCAUCGAAUUCCUGCAUGGCGAUGGCGAGCGGAUCAAGAUCCAGGCCGGUGAGGCCAUCUUUUUGCCAAAGGGCUUGCGGGUAAAGUGGAUUUGGCCGGAAGCUACCCGCUACACCGUGCUUUGCCUCCCGGCCUUCUCUCCGGAGCUCUCCGGCCGUGAAGCCGAGGAGUCCGCAACAGUUGCCAAGGACAGCGCCUCCAUGAAGCGCCUCGAGGCUUUGCAUGCCGACUCGUGA